CGCCGCUGCCCAGGGCGACACGCAGAGGCGCCGAGAGCGCUCCCCGGCGGGUCCCCAGCGCACUCGCUGCGCCCGGGCAGCAGCCCGACCAGGAGAGCAUGGGCGGCGCGGAGUGACGCCGCCGUGCCCGCUUGGCAUCAAGGACAUUCAGCCCGCGGGGGUGGGGACGAAGGGGAACAGCCCGCGUCGCUGCUGCCGCUGCUCGGGCUCUGGGGCUGGGUGGAGGACAGGGGUGCUUGGAAUUGAGCCACAUCUUCCGACCUUUUUGUUGGACAUUCUGCCCACCUUGGAUGCUGCAAGAGGAGCUGUCAAGCCCCGCAGGCUCUGAUUUCGCCCUGGGUUUUGCUGGCCUCCUCUCGGGCUCCCUGUGCCUCGGUGGAGUCUUUGCGUUCCCGGCUGGGGCUGAGGAGGCAGCCACGCGCGCACACGCACACGUUCCGAGGAGGGCGAGAAGCGGCGGCGCCGGCACCAUCUGCAGUGUCAAUGCGGCGCUCGCGCUGAACCAGGCAAAAGCGGCGCUUCCAGGGAGCCUCCACUCCUGAGUCCUGGCCCUCCCGGGAGGACGCUCUGCCAGUGCUCGCGUGCCGCAAGGACCCGUGUGUGCAAUGAAAGCCAUGCCUUGGAACUGGACCUGCCUCCUGUCCCACCUCCUGAUGGUAGGGAUGGGCUCCUCCUCUCUGCUCCCCCGGCAGCCCCCCCCGCCGGCCCCGAAGAGGCCUUUUGUCACAUUCCGGGGCGAGCCCAUGGAGGGCUUCAACCACCUGGUGGUGGAUGAGAGGACAGGGCACAUUUACUUGGGGGCCGUCAACCGGAUCUACAAGCUGUCCAGCGACCUGAAGGUCUUGGUGACCCACCAGACGGGGCCGGACGAGGACAACCCCAAGUGCUACCCACCCCGCAUCGUGCAGACGUGCACCGAGCCGCUGGUCCCCACCAACAACGUCAACAAGAUGCUGCUCAUAGACUACAAGGAGAACCGGCUGAUCGCGUGUGGGAGCCUGUACCAGGGCAUCUGCAAGCUCCUGAGGCUGGAGGACCUCUUCAAGCUGGGGGAGCCUUUUCACAAGAAGGAGCACUACCUGUCGGGAGUCAACGAGAGCGGCUCUGUCUUCGGAGUGAUCGUCUCCUACAGCAACCUGGAUGACAAACUCUUCAUCGCCACGGCGGUGGAUGGGAAGCCGGAGUAUUUCCCCACCAUCUCCAGCCGGAGGCUGACCAAGAACUCGGAAGCAGACGGCAUGUUUGCGUACGUCUUCCACGAUGAGUUUGUGGCCUCCAUGAUUAAGAUCCCUUCGGACACCUUCACCGUCAUCCCCGACUUUGACAUCUACUACGUCUAUGGCUUCAGCAGUGGCAACUUUGUCUACUUUUUGACCCUGCAGCCUGAGAUGGUGUCUCCCCCCGGCUCCACCACAAAGGAGCAGGUAUACACAUCCAAGCUCGUGAGGCUUUGCAAGGAGGACACAGCCUUCAACUCCUACGUGGAGGUGCCCAUUGGCUGUGAGCGCAGCGGGGUGGAGUACCGCUUGCUGCAGGCCGCCUACCUGUCCAAAGCCGGGGCGGUGCUUGCCCAGACCCUUGGGGUCCAUCCCGACGACGACCUCCUCUUCACGGUCUUCUCCAAGGGCCAGAAGCGGAAAAUGAAAUCCCUGGAUGAGUCGGCCCUGUGCAUUUUCAUCUUGAAACAGAUCAACGACCGCAUUAAGGAGCGGCUGCAGUCCUGCUACCGGGGCGAAGGCACCUUGGACCUGGCCUGGCUCAAGGUGAAGGACAUUCCCUGCAGCAGUGCGCUGUUAACCAUUGAUGAUAACUUCUGUGGCCUGGAUAUGAAUGCCCCCCUGGGCGUGUCGGAGAUGGUACGUGGUGUCCCUGUCUUCACAGAGGACCGGGACCGCAUGACGUCGGUCAUCGCAUAUGUCUACAAGAACCACUCUCUGGCCUUCGUGGGCACCAAAAGCGGCAAACUGAAGAAGAUCCGGGUGGAUGGGCCCAGAGGCAAUGCCCUCCAGUACGAGACUGUGCAGGUGGUCGAACCCGGCCCUGUCCUCCGGGAUAUGGCCUUCUCCAAGGACCACGAGCAGCUCUACAUCAUGUCAGAAAGGCAGCUCACCAGAGUCCCUGUGGAGUCGUGUGGCCAGUAUCGGAGCUGCAGUCAGUGCCUGGGCUCAGGUGAUCCCCACUGUGGCUGGUGUGUGCUCCACAACAUGUGCACCCGGAAGGAGCGCUGUGAGCGGUCCAGAGAGCCCCGCAGGUUUGCCUCCGAGAUGAAGCAGUGUGUCCGGCUGACUGUCCAUCCCAGCAACAUUUCUGUGUCUCAGUACAAUGUCCUGCUGGUCCUGGAAACAUACAAUGUCCCAGAGCUGUCAGCUGGUGUCAACUGCACCUUUGAGGACCUGUCAGAGAUGGAUGGGCUGGUGGUAGGCAAUCAGAUCCAGUGCUACUCCCCGGCGGCCAAGGAGGUGCCCCGGAUAAUCACGGAGAAUGGGGACCACCAUGUCGUCCAGCUGCAGCUCAAGUCGAAGGAGACGGGCAUGACCUUUGCCAGCACCAGCUUUGUCUUCUACAACUGCAGCGUCCACAAUUCGUGCCUAUCUUGCGUGGAGAGCCCAUUCCGCUGCCACUGGUGUAAAUAUCGGCAUGUCUGCACCCAUGACCCCAAGACUUGCUCCUUCCAGGAAGGCCGAGUGAAGCUCCCUGAGGACUGCCCCCAGCUGCUGCGCGUGGACAAGCUCCUGGUGCCGGUGGAGGUGAUCAAGCCCAUCACCCUCAAGGCCAAGAACCUGCCCCAGCCACAGUCUGGGCAGCGCGGGUACGAAUGCAUUCUCCGCAUCCAGGGCAGCGAGCAGAGGGUGCCCGCCCUGCGCUUCAACAGCUCCAGCGUGCAGUGCCAGAACACCUCCUAUUCCUACGAAGGGAUGGAGAUCAACAACCUGCCCGUGGAGCUGACGGUCGUGUGGAACGGCCACUUCAACAUUGACAACCCAGCCCAGAAUAAAGUUCACCUCUACAAGUGCGGAGCCAUGCGGGAGAGCUGCGGCCUGUGCCUCAAGGCGGACCCAGACUUCGAGUGUGGCUGGUGCCAGGGCCAAGGCCAGUGCACGCUGCGGCAGCACUGCCCCGUCCACGAGAGCCAGUGGCUGGAGCUGGCGGGCGCCAACAGCAAGUGCACCAACCCCCGCAUCACGGAGAUAAUCCCAGUGACAGGCCCCCGAGAAGGGGGAACCAAGGUCACCAUCCGAGGAGAGAACCUGGGCCUGGAGUUCCGGGACAUCGCCUCCCACGUCAAGGUGGCCGGCGUGGAGUGCAGCCCUUUGGUGGACGGCUACAUCCCUGCGGAACAGAUCGUGUGUGAGAUGGGGGAGGCCAAGCCCAGCCAGCACGCCGGCUUCGUGGAGAUCUGCGUGGCCGUGUGUCGGCCUGAGUUCAUGGCCCGGUCCUCACAGCUCUAUUACUUCAUGACGCUGACUCUCUCAGACCUGAAGCCCAGCCGGGGGCCCAUGUCCGGGGGCACGCAGGUGACCAUCACGGGCACCAACCUGAACGCGGGCAGCAACGUGGUGGUGAUGUUCGGGAAGCAGCCCUGCCUCUUCCACAGGCGCUCUCCAUCCUCCAUCGUCUGCAACACCACAUCCUCGGAGGAGGUGCUGGAGAUGAAAGUGACGGUGCAGGUGGACAGGGCCAAGAUCCAACAGGACCUGCUCUUCCGGUACGUGGAGGACCCCACCAUCGUGCGGAUUGAGCCCGACUGGAGCAUCGUCAGCGGAAACACACCCAUCGCCGUGUGGGGGACUCACCUGGACCUCAUCCAGAACCCCCAGAUCCGUGCCAAGCACGGAGGAAAGGAGCACAUCAAUCUCUGUGAGGUGCUGAAUGCUACGGAGAUGACGUGCCAGGCUCCGGCCCUCGCGCUGGGGCCCGACCACCAGUCCGACCUGACCGAGAGGCCCGAGGAGUUUGGCUUCAUCCUAGACAAUGUCCAGUCCCUGCUAAUCCUCAACAAGACCAACUUCACCUACUAUCCCAACCCGGUGUUUGAGGCUUUUGGUCCCUCGGGAAUCCUGGAGCUCAAGCCCGGCACACCUAUCAUCCUUAAGGGCAAGAACCUGAUCCCCCCGGUGGCUGGAGGCAACAUGAAGCUGAACUACACGGUGCUGGUCGGGGAGAAGCCGUGCGCCGUGACGGUGUCGGAUGUGCAGCUGCUCUGCGAGUCCCCCAAUCUCAUCGGGAGGCACAAAGUGAUGGCCCGUGUUGGUGGCAUGGAGUUCUCCCCGGGGACGGUGUACAUCGCCCCGGACAGCCCGCUCAGCCUGCCCGCCAUCGUCAGCAUUGCCGUGGCAGGCGGUCUCCUCAUCAUCUUCAUUGUGGCCGUGCUCAUCGCCUACAAACGCAAGUCCCGCGAAAGCGACCUCACGCUGAAGCGGCUGCAGAUGCAAAUGGACAACCUGGAGUCCCGUGUGGCCCUGGAGUGCAAGGAAGCAUUUGCCGAGCUGCAGACGGACAUCCAUGAGUUGACCAGUGACCUGGAUGGAGCUGGGAUUCCCUUCCUGGACUACAGAACCUACACCAUGCGGGUGCUGUUUCCGGGGAUUGAAGACCACCCCGUUCUCCGGGACCUGGAGGUUCCGGGCUACCGGCAGGAGCGCGUGGAGAAAGGCCUGAAGCUCUUUGCCCAACUCAUCAACAACAAGGUGUUCCUGCUGUCCUUCAUCCGCACGCUCGAGUCCCAGCGCAGCUUCUCCAUGCGCGACCGCGGCAACGUGGCCUCGCUCAUCAUGACGGUGCUGCAGAGCAAGCUGGAGUACGCCACCGACGUGCUGAAGCAGCUGCUGGCCGACCUCAUCGACAAGAACCUGGAGAGCAAAAACCACCCCAAGCUGCUGCUCAGGAGGACUGAGUCAGUGGCCGAGAAGAUGUUGACCAAUUGGUUCACCUUCCUGCUCUACAAGUUCCUCAAGGAGUGCGCCGGGGAGCCCCUCUUCUCACUGUUCUGCGCCAUCAAGCAGCAGAUGGAGAAGGGACCCAUUGAUGCCAUCACGGGCGAGGCCCGCUACUCCCUGAGCGAGGACAAGCUCAUCCGCCAGCAGAUCGACUACAAAACCCUGGUCCUGAGCUGUGUCAACCCCGACAAUGUCAACAACCCCGAGGUACCAGUGAAGCUCCUCAACUGUGACACCAUUACUCAGGUCAAGGAGAAGAUUCUGGACGCCAUCUUCAAGAACGUGCCCUGCUCCCACCGGCCCAAGGCUGCAGAUAUGGACCUGGAGUGGCGCCAAGGAAGCGGGGCGAGGAUGAUCCUGCAGGACGAAGACAUCACCACUAAGAUUGAGAAUGACUGGAAGAGACUCAACACCCUGGCCCAUUACCAGGUGCCAGAUGGUUCUGUGGUGGCUUUAGUGUCCAAGCAGGUAACAGCCUACAACACCGUGAACAACUCCACAGUCUCCAGGACCUCCGCGAGUAAAUAUGAAAACAUGAUCCGAUACACGGGGAGUCCCGACAGCCUCCGCUCACGCACGCCCAUGAUCACCCCCGACCUGGAGAGCGGAGUCAAGAUGUGGCACCUGGUGAAGAACCAUGAGCACGGGGACCAGAAGGAGGGUGACCGGGGGAGCAAGAUGGUGUCUGAAAUCUAUCUGACACGGUUACUGGCCACUAAGGGCACGCUGCAGAAGUUCGUGGACGACCUGUUUGAGACAAUCUUCAGCACGGCGCACCGCGGCUCUGCCCUGCCCCUGGCCAUCAAGUACAUGUUUGACUUCCUGGAUGAGCAGGCUGACAAGCACGGUAUCCACGACCCGCAUGUCCGCCAUACCUGGAAGAGCAACUGCCUGCCCUUGCGGUUUUGGGUCAACAUGAUCAAGAACCCACAGUUCGUGUUCGACAUCCACAAGAACAGCAUCACGGACGCCUGCCUCUCCGUGGUGGCCCAGACCUUCAUGGACUCCUGCUCCACGUCGGAACACCGGCUGGGCAAGGACUCCCCGUCCAACAAGCUGCUGUAUGCCAAGGAUAUUCCCAGCUACAAGAACUGGGUGGAGAGGUAUUACUCAGACAUCGGGAAGAUGCCGGCCAUCAGUGACCAGGACAUGAAUGCGUACCUGGCCGAGCAGUCCCGGAUGCACAUGAAUGAGUUCAACACCAUGAGCGCGCUCUCGGAGAUCUUCUCCUACGUGGGCAAGUACGCCGAGGAGAUCCUUGGACCUCUGGACCACGACGACCAGUGUGGGAAGCAGAAACUGGCCUACAAACUAGAACAAGUCAUAACCCUCAUGAGCUUAGACAGCUGAGAACCGUCCUUCCAGGGCCACCCUGGAGGGAGGGACACACCAAGCCGUGCCUCAGUCUAGAUAUCAUCUUUACCAAGUGCAAGUUCCGCUGGCAUCAGCAGCACCCUCGGAGCAGCUCGCUCUCUCUUCUCUCUCUGUCUCCCUCUCUCUCUUCCUCUUUCUGUCUCUCCCUCCUUCCCGGACCCCUUCUCUUUCAGUUUCUCUGCCAACACAAUUGAACCAAGCCACCGACCCUCAGCUAGUCCAGAAUGGCCAGGCCCACGGCAAGGGACCUGACCAGAAGAUUCCAGAAGGGGCUCUUUCCCAGCUGACCCCACGCAUUAGCAACAGGGCCCACAUACGGACGAGGCGCCGUGGACAGAGGACGUUUCUAUGCUGCUACUUCACCUUCCACUUCUGAGAGCCCCCACAUUGGUCUGAACCUUGGGCUGGAGAAAAGGCAACGAGCUCAGUAUUAUCUUUGCUGGGAAGACACCACGUGACUCUCCCUUCCUACCUUUCCAUCUCCCAGCGGUCCAUCCAUGGUAUGGUCCCUUUGCAAGUGGGAGAAGAAAGGCCACACCUCCUGCAAGCGGCUGCAAUUGGGGGCAGUGGUGAGGAGUGGGAGGUGCUCUGUGAGCUGCCUCCCGCUUGUUGGGUUGGCACCCAGAGGUCUGCUUGUCCCCGUCCAUCUGCCAAGUGCUCACAGGGACACGCCUGCCCGGUCUCCUCCUUUGCCUGUGGAAAGCCAGGCAGGAGAAAGACGAGCAGUUACAGUCCCCACGGAGACCCUUCUCACCUGGCUCAGAGGGGCAGAAAUGUGAAAUGGAGAAGGAGAAGAGGAAAGAGAGUCCAGCUACCCUGAUAGUGUAAUCUGUUGUUUUCCACUCACCCCCAAGUGCACAUGAAUCGCAACCAUUAGGGGUAACCCAUCGCCAGAUCCUGAGUGCUGUCUGGAGAAAACACCUUCAUCUUCCUCGGUCAUCGCUCAUCAAGGGUCAGCAUAAAACCCAGAGUGUGUCCAGGUGUCCAGGACAUCCUACCUCCAGCCGUCUCCAUGGCGCUAGCCCCACCAUCCUUCCUGAGAACACUGUACAGAGCUGGGGCGCCCAGCCUCGCCGCUCUUCCCUUUGCAGAAUCCGGUGCCAUUGCUAUGCAGACAGAUGACUUUGUCACUGGACUGACCAGACCUCCUAGGGAAUAAUUUUCUCAACAUCUCAGCUGUCUCGUGCGUCCCUCUCCUCCCUCAUCUUUUCAGCAGUCAUCACUGAAAGUUAUGUACUCAAGCACAGCCAAAAUGCCAGCCAGACUCAGCCCCCAGCGUGUCACGUCUGGAGGGCCCAAAGAGUCAAGCUGAAGGACAUGGCCAGAAAUGGGAAGAGGGACAUAACAACUGACCUCGGCCCUGGCUCUGUCUCUCCAUCUGUCCUUCCAUCUACAGAAACGUCAUUGAAGCCAGCCAGGCAGAGGCACGCUCGUUCACGGGCCUUAGGUGAGCUAUUGGGGGAGAUGGUCUAACGAGAGUCAUGGAAACCUGGAAUCUUGAAGGGAUCUUAGAUGCCAUCUGGUCCAGUCUCCCACCACAAACAAGAAACUCUCCUGCAGCCCUACACCCUCUGGGAGACAAGGAGAAGCAUCGUUUAAAAUGGGAUCAGGGAUGCAUCUUGCCUUCACACCCCAGCCUCAGACACCGUCUCCUGCCAUCCACGUGGAGCCCCAUGUGGAAAGGGGAAGGAACCACACCAUUUCAGGAGCGUCUGUGGAGCAUCCUGUACUUUUACGAACGCGGACCCCUUUAAAGAUGAAUAGGUGUGCGUGUGUGUCUGCCCAGGAGUAGGCAGAGAGCUCAGAAAGAUUUCUUGUCCUAGGGAAGGGGAUUUUGAAAUGUUUCCCUUCUCAGCGCUUGCUCAUCAGUUCACCCUGCAGCUCCAGAACAUUUCAACACUUGCUUUCUGUGCUGAGUGCUGCCGGGUGGAAGGAGAGGUCGGCUGUGGGUAGGAAAUCAGGGCGGUCACUGGCCCAGGGAGGCCUGGACUUGACUGGAGGCCGGGCAGUGGUGCCCCAGAGCAGGGCAUAUGGGGCAUUGAGGAGGUCACACGGUGAGCAAAAUGCAGGAAAUCUAAGCAAUGGGAAGAGGAGACUGGGAGAAGACGCAUGUCGGGGUAGGGGUGGGGCGGAAACUAACCAAAGGUUUUGGCAAAUGAAGUGCCAGGUGAAGAAGCGUGGAAUUUUUACCCCUGAUCACUUGAUUUCCUCCCCAAAAGCCAGGGCCCUGGCAGGCCAGGAAGGAAGCAUGUGGGAAGUGGGCUAAGAAAGCAACUCAGCCGCUGAAGUAGUUUUGCACAUGGGAAGGUUGGGGAGGAGACAGACACAAACAUAUUUAACACAGAUUUGCUGAAUGGAAGCUGCGUGUGUGUCAGCGUGUGUAUGAGUGUUUUGAUUUAUUUUUUAAGUUUUGCACAGAUAGAGAAAAAAAAUGAACAAGCAGAAAAAAAGACUGUUAUGAUGGUUCUGCUGAAGCUUUUAUUUUUUACUGGAUUAUUAUUAUUGUUAUUGUUCCUUUGUCGGUACAGGACUUUAUUUUUCCCCCAUGUUUUUGUUCUAAGAGAAACUUCGAACACCUCAGAGAAACAUAAAUGUCAGGAAGAAAGAGGAGGGGAGGACAGACAAAUUUCCUUGCUCUCCUCGUUCCUCCUGAGGGAGGAGUUCGGGCAGAUUUUCCUUUACCUGGGAGGCAUGGGUUGUUGCUUUGUUUACCUGCGAUCUCUGUGGCGGGCUUGGGGGUGGAGAAAUAGGGUUGAGUCAUACACACAGAGCCACGACCCAUCUUGCCCAUAAAGAUUCUUUCCUUCGGCUGUUUGUUUGUUUUCCAUUUCUUUCAUUUGGAUUCUUAGCGCAUGUGUGAUAUGUUUCAAAGUUAAGACAAGGCAGCAUUGUCAAAAAGCUAAGAGUUUCUCUCAAAUCUCCUAUCCAAAACUCCCCUUGGAGUCCCCGAUUUCUUGGCAGAGACCAGAGAGCUGCCCAGGCAGCAUGAGGAGGCAGCAGCAGCCAGAGAAGGGAGUUGGGCAGACGCGGGCCUGUGGCAGGGAGGUCACCACGAGGCUUUCCUCUCUGUCCCAGUUCAUUGGCAGGGUCAACAUUCUGUUUAAGGUGGAACCUUUAUCUGACUCCUUGAGUCCUGGGCAGAGAGCAAGGGUAAAAAGGCCACCCUGCCCCACUCCAGCACCCUCCUCCCCAAGAGACAAUGCGGCCAAAAUAACUGACCUGGGUUGGGGGGGGGGUUAAAUUGGAGGGAGAUGGGCUCAAGGCUGGUAGGGGUGUGGAGUGGAAGGAUGCUUAGUGGGGUCCUAAACAUAAAAGAAGGGGUAAAUAGAAGCUGAGAAAGACAGCUGCAGGCAGGUCGUUUCACCCGGGGAGGGGUGGGGGAGAGGACACAAGUCUCCCCACGUGUGGGCUUUGGCCCCCUUUGUCCUUCUUUAGAAGGAGAAUCCCCAACAUGUGUUGAUAACUACAAAUAGUGCCAUUAAGUGAAGUUGGCUAUUGUUGUCAGUUACUUCCUCAGGAAAAUAUUUUUUCUUGCCUUCUGCUUUCAAGGUGGUUUUAAAUUUGGGGCCCGCCUGAGGGUCCCCCAGGCCAAGGUACGUUCACACCCCCAGAGUGACACACACACUCAUAGGCAGCCCUGGGGCCCUCCCUCUGGUGAGCCUGGGGACCAGGGAGUGAGGCCCCAAAAGUCAUCUCAAAUAAAUCCCAAAGUUUGACACCGACUGUCCAGGCAGAAGUGGGGGUAGCUGGCCGUUGUCUCUGACCCUGUCCGCUCAGGCCCAGCUCUGACCUCCAGCCUGGGGUUAACGUCCAUAUACUAUCCCAGAGCCCCCACGCCUUUCCCAUACCGAGGUCUUUGUGCUCAUGUUCCCCUUGCAUGUCUGGCUUCUGAGUGUGCCACCGCUUGUCCCUCUUGCCCACCGCCUGCACGUGUAGCCUCUGCCCCAAUGCCAUAUGUCCACUAAAGAACCAGAGCUGCUGAGACCCUGUGGGCAGCUGAGCUCUCACAGUCCAGCCCUCUGGGACUGCCCGAGGCCCGUGCCACCUCCCUGAGUGGUCGGGGCUCCCUCACCCAGCCAGGGCCCCCGUAGGACCCACAGCAAUGAUUUCUCGAAUGACCUCCCCUCUUGGUCAGAGGCAAGUCCUGCUGAUGUUUCCGGAACCCUGAAAGGAAAGCCCCAUUUCCCAUCUGCCUCCUUUCUCAGGACAAAGGGGACACUUCCUGUGGCUUCACAGGAUGCAAAAAUCAAGUACUUAACCUAGUGAAGGUUAGAGUUCAUUAUUGUUAAUUGAGAACAAACGUUCCCCGGCCCAGAGAGCCAAGGAGGGAGGGAAGACCCAGGGGGGUGCUCUGCAGGCAGAAAGCCCGAGACACCCCUUUCUUGGCCCUUCCAGUAGUGGGCUGCCCCCGUGGGCAGUCGCAGCUCGGGUCUCUGAGAAGCAUUUCUGUGACUGAAUAACCUCCAGGUACCGAAUCCCCACGUGCCCCCAGGAAAGACCCCCCCACCUGCCCAUACACAGAUCCUGGUUCCUUUCUGGACUUUUUUCUUGCUCCUAGUUCACGUCAAAGACGUCCUCUGAGCCCCUCACUUUCCCUGCCAGCCCUGAGGACAAGUGACUGAGGGCCCCUGAUCCCUCAGCCCCUCCCUUUUCCUUUAAACUGUAUAUGGGCUGUUUAUUUGGGGUUUUGUAGUUGUUUCUUUUUUAUUUAUAUAUUUUAAGAGUUCAAGAUUAAGGAGGGAGCCCAGCUGUGGACCUAAAGUCCAAAUCACUAGGGGGGAGAAACAAAACCCUUUACCUGUGAUUUUUAAGGGGAUGAGAAGAGCUUCAGGGCCGGUGGGGGUGACAGCCUCUCCCUGUUGUUACAGAAAUGGGUCAUGGCACCCCCCGGGUGUGGACAUGCCAGGGGACGCAUCCUCACAGCUGCUACUAUUCUCGCUUCCCCUGCCCCUUGGUUGGCUGGAGCCCGCAAUGCUACCCUUUCUCCUCCUGACUUCUGCCGCCUCAACGCCACAGGUGUAGCAAAUUUUACGGUGUAGCCUUAUUUUACAGAUGGGAAGCUGAGGUACAGCCACAGGUGACAUUGAUGAGGCAGCUCCUGAGAGAGGCUGGCCCGCUGCGAGCCUCUUCUCACGGUGCUUAGAGGUGGACGAAAC